AUGGGGGCACAAGAGGAGUUGGAGAAAGAUCGUAGCCGAGGUUCCGACAGUUCAGAGUCCAACAACCCUCAGACUAACCUUCUCAAGUUAACCUCUCAGGUCUGAUCGAAACGUAAGUAUCUGAAAACAAAGGGGGAAAGGAAUGCCACCCUAGCAAGCCGCCAAAAUGACAAAAAGGUUUGUGGUAAAGAAUGUUUACUGCAAAGACACGAAGAAUCAAAUCCUGUUGUAAAAGAUACAAAGCCAAAUGUACCAGAUGCUUAUAUGGGUGAUUAUUUCAGAAGACCAUUGCCUAAUCAAGGUUUAGAUUCACACCACACAUUGAAAAGCAAAGUAAAAAGAUACACAACUUUGCAGAGUGAGAAGAUUGGCAUAAACUGGACAGAUGAUGAAAGACGACUCUACAGGGAUAAAAGCACAGCUCAAACUCAGGAAACACUACAGUAUUUACUCCCUAUUGUGGAAAACUCUAAAACCAGAGAAUGUGUUCAAAUGAAAGAUGUACUCAAUCCAAGAACCAACUUCCAGCUCCAGCAUCAACUAAAUCCAACUACUUGCAUAAAUAUAAGACGAUUCAGCAAGUCUUGGACACCAUCCAGAAAUCUCCCUUUUAAAAUCCAAAGGAAUCUUGUGACACACGCCUCAGAAUGGUUCCCAUCUGUGCCCCACAGGUCAUUUCAAAGUCUGUCGCAUCUCCACAGUCUCAAGAAGAAGAGAAAAUGUUCUCAAAUCUGGGCCAAAAACACUGAAAUUAUGAUGCCUCCCAGUAGCAAAUUGCAGGCUGUUCCCUCAAGUUCUAAAAUGGAUGCAGAUGUAAACGGUAAAAGUCUUCAACUUGAAGAAUCCAACCUAAAGAGCUGUGAGCAGAUACUUCCUCAUCUAACUAAUCAUAACCAUGAGAAACCAAACCAGCUCACCUGCCAUGCAAAGUCCCCAGGCGACAGCUAGUAGCUGUAUGCUGCUCUGAAAACUGAGAGGAGACAUGCUGACACACCUUUCCUCUUCCUAGUCCCACCCCCUUCUCAUGCAUAUGCAGAUACCAAGCUCCAAAUUCUACAUAUCCCAUCUUUCAGAGAUUUAAAAAACCUAGAGAAAAUGUAAAAUAAAAAUAAAAAUAAAAACACAUUUAUAUUUAAUUUGUAUCAACAUGAAAAAGAGCCUUAAACUUUUGAUUUCUUCCAAAAUUACAGAUGCAUAUAACAGCAAAAACUAAAAGUUCAAGAGAGAAAUGGCAUGCCCUAUUACUGGUUUUAGCCUAUUGGUCAACUUUGAUGAAUCAGCAGCAAGCAUUAGUUCCUGAAUUUCUUCUAUGUGGUUGGUGAGCUAGGAACCAUGGGUGAAAUAAACAUUUCUUCCCUCUAGAAGAUCAUCAUGUAAUUGCUCCUGUAAAGACAUAUGAUCUCUGAGCAUGGUGGUUUAUACUAGUAAUCCCAGCACCUGGGAGGCAGAGGCAGGAGGAGCCUGGGUUCAAGGCUAG